AUGGAUAUACGAAAAUAUUUUGCUCCUGAUACUAAUGUUAAGCGUUUAAAACUGGCACCAGAUCAAGAUAAUGUUCAACAAGAAGUACAAGAACACAAGGAAGGAUUGCCUUCAACUAGUUAUUCAACAAUAAAAUUGGAAAAUGUGGGGAUGGGGAGUAAUUCUAAUUACAGUGAUACAUAUAAUGAUAUGGGACAUUAUUUAGACGUGACCUCCCAUACGAAUGAAUUAAACUUACCACUAAGGGGCAAAACCAACAAAAUCGCCAUCUUCAACAGACUUUUGCAAUUUAGAGUUGAAGCAGGUGAUGAAGAACUAAAAGAACAUUUUUCCAACAGACCCAAAAAUGCUACUUGUAUAUCACAUAGAGUGCAAAAUGAGAUAAUUUUGCGGAACAAAAUAAUAGAAAAUGCUGGUUUAACCAAAGAUGUUUUGUUGUCAAUUCUUGCUGAUGAAACUAUAGAUAUAUCUGGAACAAAACAGUUGUCUCUGGCUGUUAGAUACGUCAAUACUAAUUUUAAUAAAGUACAUCACGAAUUUUUAGGCUUUACAGCGUUAUCCCAGUUGGAUGCAGAAUACACUGCUGAAAAAAUAUUAACGACGUUGUCUUCAUGGAAUUUAAAGUUACAAAAUAUGGUCGGUCAGGGAUACGAUGGAUGUAGUGUAAUGACGGGAAAGAUUCGUGGAGUUCAAAAAACAAUUAAUAAUAAAUAUUCCAUUGCCUUGUUCUACCAUUGUACUAGUCAUCGUCUCAAUUUAGUUAUCAAUGAUCUAAAUCAUCUUCCAGAAAUAAGAAACAGUACCGGAACUGUAAACGAAAUAAUUAAGUUUUUUCGAGAGAACGGACAACGAACCCAAGUAGUUAGAACACGACUACGAAAAUUAUGUGAAACUCAAUGGACUGAAAAAUAUAAAGCAAUAAGAAAAUUUGGAGAAAAUUUUAUGGAUAUGGCGGACGCACUCUCCAAAUUAUCUUCAGAAGAGUCUAUAGAUAAUGAUCUGUUGAAAACAAAUGAGUACAUUCAAGACUUAAUACAAAUACUAAAUGAACUUAUAUCGCUAGAAAAAGAUAGUCCAGAUCAAUUAAAGAAGUGA